AUGGAGGAGGAAGAGGAUGCGGUGGACCCCGUUCAUGAGACUGAGGUUGUAGCUCGUAGAGGUCGAACACGGGGCUAUGGAGCUCGCGGUGGUCGAAGUCAUAGUCGUGUCAAUUCGUAUGUGCUAGAUGGUCCAUUUUCCAGUGGCCGGCGGGAUCCGUCUUUAAUUCCGAGUUUUAAGUCGCACGUAGCGACAUAUAUUUGGAGGGGAGAAGAACGUCCGGUUGGACGAGUGGAGUCCCGUAUCAGCUCCUUGUCCCAUUUCAACUACGAGAACAUUGGAGAUGUCCUAGCCCAACUAGGCAUAUAUGUCACUGCAGACAAGCAUUUUAUGCGGAUGACCGGUUUGUACUCCCUAGCCCGCUCUUUCCUACCACGCAUAGAUGGUCCAUUGUUGUUUGCAUUUGUGGAGUGGUGGCAGCCGGAGACGAACAACUUCCAUAUGCCGUGGGGAGAGAUAACUAUCACUCUCCACGAUGUCCACAUGAUACUAGGUGCCAAUGUGGAGGGACGGGUGAUCGCGCCUAGGUACGACGAGAGCACCAAGCGGACAAACUGCGUGCAUUUAUUGUCCGAGAUUAUGAACCUCGAUUUUGAAGAGAUUGACGAGGCAUGGAAGCAUGGGGGCCCCACAUGGAGGAUGAUACAUGCACAGUUGUUGAUGCCCGACACGCCCAUGCAUGAGACGUCGAGUUCAGAUGUAUCUGGUGUUUCUUCUCGAAUCGAUUUUAUUCCCCGACAAGACGGAGCUAGGUAUAUACAGUCGAGCACAGUCGAGGAGCUUGGUGGGUUGUACCACCCUUCUUCAGUGCUGGAUAUACGAGCACUUCCUGAGAUUUCAGCCGCCGGAGGAGAGCAAGUGGUCGAGUGGCUACCGUAUGGUGGGGAUAUACACGAGAGUAUCCCUCGUACGUUGUAUCAUGGCACGAUCCAGUACAUGUGGGUCGUAGAGCCGUAUAUACCUGAUCGUUGCGUCCGACAGUUCGGGUCGGUUCAGGAUAUUCCGCGCAGCUUGAUUCCAUCGAUGGAGCCAUGUUUACGCAGUCGGAAAGGAGGUGCAACGUACAAAGUCAAUUACCCAUUUUUGGGUGGUAUGUGGGACAUGAUAAACAGGAAGAAUGAUGGCAACUACAAAAGGACCGUAAUCGCCUGCUUCGUACAAGCAGUCUACGUACUCGAACACGACAGGCGAGAAAAGAGAACCGAUAAAGACGAUGCCGUAGCUCCUGAAUGGUGGACCCCCUUCAAGUACAAACUAGUCGAAACCCUAAUCGACCAAAGAGACGGUUCCAUAUUCGGUGCAAUAUUCAAGUGGGACCGAUCAGCCGCACUGUCGAGCUUUGGAAUUCGACCUAGUGGUGCACCGAAGGCCGUUUUAGCUCUCAGAGGGACCCUUCUCAAGGGCCCCACAAUCAUACGGGAUUUCGGAGAUGACUUACGUUUCUUUACAUGGGAAACCCUAGAAGGGUCCGUUCGAUUCGCCUCUACUCUCAAGGCUUUGAAAAGAAUUUCCGGAAAAUACGGGAGCACCAAUGUAUGUAUCGCGGGACAUUCUUUAGGAGCGGGAUUCGCUCUACAAGUGGGAAAAUCGUUGGUUCAAGAAGGGAUUUUUGUGGAGGCGCAUUUGUUCAAUCCACCCUCGGUUUCGUUAGCUUUGGGCUUAAAAACUUUGGUGGAGAAAGCUUCGAUAAUGUUGAAGAAGAUUGUUAGAUCAAUUAUGUUUACUUCGAGUAGCGCAAAUUCGUCGUCCGAUUCUGAUGGGCGAGGGGAAUCUUCGACGAUGUUGGGGUCAAAGGGGUGGUCCCCGAAUUUGUACGUGAAUAAUAGCGACUAUAUUUGUUGUCAUUAUAUCGAUCCGGAGAAGCCCAAAAACAGAGAUGGUGAUAAGGAGAAUGUUAAAGCUGGGACGAUGAAUAAUUGUGCGGCGAAGCUAUUUGUGUUUUCGAAGGAGAAACAAAAGUUUAUAGAAGCACAUGGAUUGGAGCAGUGGUGGUCUGAUGAUAACUUUGGAAUUAAAGAGUUUGUGAAUAAAAGUAAGCUUAUCUGUACGCAGUUGAAGUGAUUGUAUAGCUCUCGAUCUUCUACAUUUGUUUUUUUUUUUUUUUUUUUUUGAAUUUGAAUAUAAAUGAAAAAUGAUAAGACAAUAACACCAGUUCCUAGUUGUAGACUUGUAGUAGUACUGUUUGAAUUGUGAUUGGACGUUGUCAGCAUUCUUGUUUGGCUUUGUAUGAAUAUAUGUUUCUAUUUUGUGAUUCAUAGACCUACAACUUAUCAAUUACUAGGCCCUUGGGCCACGGACUUGCUUAUACUUUUUUCAUGCUCUGUAAAUUAUAGCUUACAACCCAUGCGGAAAUUGCAGCUGCGCGAUUUUCCCAUCAUAAAAACAUUAGCAAAGAACCCCGUGUUAAUUUUUAGGAUACACACUCGACCCAUUUAUCUUUUGUUCGUUGACCAGCUAUGAGAAGACGAAAAUGCCCUUCCGUUAUUAACAAGGGACUGAAUUGCAAUUGUCCGG